UCUCCUAACAUUUCCACAAUGAGGAAAAGGAAGACAACAGAUUCACCUCAUUCAUCCACAGAUGUGAGUGAAGGGAAGGAGAAAUUAAGACUGAAGCAAGAUGUUGGCCUGAUUAGUGGGGUGUCAUUAAUUGCAGGCACCAUGAUAGGCUCAGGCAUCUUUAUGUCCCCUGAAUGGGUACUACAUCAUAUGGGGAGCCCUGCCAGCAGCCUGCUUAUCUGGACAGCAUGUGGUCUCCUGGCCAUGUUUGGAGCCUUGUCGUAUGCUGAGCUUGGAACCAUAAUUAAAGAGUCUGGAGGAGAAUAUAUUUACAUCUUGAGGAUUUUUGGUUCUUUUCCUGCUUUCCUUUUCGCCUACACUUCUGUUAUCCUGGUGAGACCAGCUAGUUUGGCAGCUGUCUCCCUGAGCUUUGCUGAAUAUGCCGUUGCACCGUUCUACCCAGGAUGCUCAUCUCCACAGAUUGUCAUCAAAUGUGCAGCUGCUGCCUGCAUCCUGCUUUUAACUAUCAUCAACUGUCUCAACGUGAGGCUGGCGACGUCUAUUAUGAACGUUUUUACAGCUGCCAAGCUCUUGGCUUUGCUGGUGAUCAUGGUAGGUGGGCUGGUGCUGCUUGCCAGGGGACAAACUCAGAGUUUUCACAACGCUUUUCAGAACACGACUGCAGGUAUCGGGGCAGUUGGAGUGGCGUUUUACCAGGGCCUUUGGUCCUAUGAUGGGUGGAACAACCUGAACUAUGUAACCGAGGAACUGAAGAAGCCUGAGGUGACCCUUCCCAGAGCUGUGAUGAUUGCAAUUCCUUUGGUUACGUGCCUGUAUUUGCUGGUAAAUGUGAGCUACUUAGCAGCCAUGACUCCAUCUGAACUGCUGUCUUCAGGAGCUGUGGCCGUCACUUGGGGAGACAAAGUCCUGGGUAGUUGGGCAUGGCUCAUGUCCCUGUCGGUGGCACUGUCUACAUUUGGUUCAUCCAAUGGCACGUUCUUCAGCGGAGGCCGGGUGUGCUACAUUGCCGCAAGGGAAGGCCAUAUGCCAGACAUUCUGUCUAUGGCUCACGUGCGAUGCCUCACACCCUCCCCUGCUCUGCUGUUUACAUCUGCUGUGUCUUUAAUAAUGAUAAUAUCAGGAAACUUCACCUCCAUCGUGAACUUUUUCAGUUUUAUAGCAUGGUUUUUCUAUGGCUUGACUAUUUCUGGUCUCCUGUAUUUAAAAAUCAAGAAACCAGAACUGCCAAGAUCUUACAAGGUUCCCAUUAUCAUCCCCAUAAUUGUGCUGAUGGCAGCUGUGUACCUGGUGUUAGCUCCCAUCAUCGAUCAACCCCAGUUUGAGAUCCUCUACAUCAUCCUGUUCAUUUUCAGUGGCGUCAUUCUUUACUUCCCACUGGUUCGCUUCAAGCGCCACCCUCGCUUUUUACAGAGAAUCACUUUACAUCUCCAGUUGUUCCUGGAAGUGGCACCAACCACCAGGGAUGCCAACUGAGAUAAUGUCCUCCUGCUGUGUGGAUGCCAGCCCCUUGUAGUGUAUCCCAGCAUCUUGGUUUUCAAGGCUUAGAAGAUAUUUUUCUGUAAGGCUGAAUAAGCAGAAUGAAAGUGUCACUAAAAUGUCCAGCCGAGAGGCACUAGA